UCUCAUUUCAAUUCAUCCCAAUUGCCCAAAAACGCUGUCGUUUUCUGGGCAUCUCUCACCCUGUGGAAUUUCUUGCAAAGGGUAGAGAGAGAGAGAGAGAGAGUUGUGAUGUAGAGAGGUUGAUCCCAAAUGCACACGUACAACCGGCUACCAAGCAGUGGCCACUCGACUCCGUCGCCUCCGCCGUCACCGCUACGGUCGCCAAGGCUCCGCCACGGGCGGUCUAAGACUGGCCGGUUCUCUCCGGUUCAGGCGAGUGGUCGAACCGUUGCACAUAGGCUGAGUUGGAUGUUCGUAUCGGUCCUGCUUCGGCGGCAAGGGGUGUUCCUAUUCGCUCCUCUGAUGUACAUCUCCGGCAUGCUUCUCUACAUGGGAACCGCCUCAUUCGACGUCGUUCCGGUCAUCAGGCACCGCCCUGCUCCUGGCUCCGUCUACCGCAGCCCUCAGCUUUAUGCCAAGCUUCGUCCCGACAUGGAUUCCGAUAAUUCUUCUGCCGAUGCGAUAUCAACAAUAUGGAAGAGUCCGUAUAAAGGUGGUCGAUGGAAACCAUGUGUAAACAGAUCUUCAGAAGGCCUACCUGAAUCAAAUGGAUACAUUUAUGUAGAGGCUAAUGGUGGCUUAAAUCAGCAAAGGACAUCAGUGUGCAAUGCUGUUGCUGUGGCUGGCUAUCUCAAUGCUACCCUUGUAAUCCCCAAUUUCCAUUAUCAUAGCAUAUGGAAAGAUCCUAGCAAAUUCAGGGACAUUUAUGAUGAAGAAUAUUUUAUCAGUACCUUGAAAAAUGAUGUACGGGUGGUUGACAAGAUUCCCGAGUUCCUAAUGGAAAGAUUUGGCAGCAACAUGACAAAUGUACACAAUUUCAGGAUCAAGGCAUGGUCAUCCAUUAAGUAUUACAGAGAUGUCGUACUCCCCAAGUUACUUGAAGAAAAGGUUAUAAGGAUUUCACCUUUUGCGAAUAGAUUGUCAUUUGAUGCCCCUCCAGUUGUCCAGCGUCUCAGAUGCUUAGCAAAUUACGAGGCUUUACGAUUUUCAAGUCCUAUAUUGACCAUGGGUGAAUCUUUGGUUGAAAGAAUGAGAAAACGUAGUGCCAUUAAUGGCGGUAAAUAUGUCUCCGUACAUCUUCGUUUUGAAGAGGAUAUGGUUGCUUUCUCUUGUUGUGUUUUCGAUGGUGGAAAACAGGAGACAGAAGACAUGAUUGCAGCAAGAGAAAGAGGUUGGAAAGGGAAAUUUACGAAACCUGGACGAGUUAUCCGUCCUGGAGCGAUCAGGAUCAAUGGGAAGUGUCCCCUCACCCCAUUAGAGGUUGGCCUGAUGCUGAGGGGAAUGGGUUUCACGAAGAACACGUCUAUCUUUUUGGCAUCUGGAAAAAUAUAUAAUUCUGAGAAAACUAUGGGCCCACUGCUUGAAAUGUUUCCUAAUUUGCAUACUAAAGAGACUCUGGCAUCUGAAGAGGAACUUGGUCCAUUUAAGAAUUAUUCUUCCAGGAUGGCUGCCCUAGAUUACACUGUUUGUCUUCAUAGUGAGGUGUUUGUCACAACUCAAGGGGGGAACUUCCCUCAUUUUCUGCUGGGCCACAGAAGAUACUUGUAUGGUGGACACUCUAGGACAAUUAAACCUGAUAAGCGGAAGUUAGCAAUACUUUUUGAUAAUCCCAAUAUAGGAUGGAAAAGUCUCAAGCGUCAACUGCUGAACAUGAGGUCACAUAGUGAUUCCAAAGGAGUUGAGCUCAAGAGACCAAAUGACUCUAUAUAUAGCUUUCCAUGCCCAGAUUGUAUGUGCUGUGCCAAUAGAACUGAUGAUUCAAGAUCUUCAUCAGUAACUUGAUCUACUCACAGAAUUUGAUUGAUGUGUCUGUUACCUAUGAUUUUGUGAGCAUGCCUUGCUGCUGAGCACAUUUCUGGUAUUCGGAUUAUUUCAUUUUUUCCCAUUCCAUCUGGCGAGAGGGCAUACACUCCUUUUUUGGAGGUCAAGGGAUUUUGUUGAAGGUCUCAUUGAUCUGAUUAUAUAUUUGGAUUGAAUUUCAAGGGAGUGGCAUCUCUUUUGCACAUGAUGCCAAUUCAGAACAGAAUGGAAACCAUUCCUUUACAGGAAUCUCUCCCAGAACAUUGACUGAGCUAUGUUUCGUGUAUGAAUUGGCAGCUGCUAUAUCGAACAAGCUGUUUAAAGAGUCAAAGGACAAACUCACGUUCCUUCACACCCUGCAUGUACAUUUACCUGGAGUAUGAUAUUCAUGUGUUAAGGCUGUAUCAACCAAAUGCUCUCUGUACAUUCACAAAAUUCAGGGUCCUGCCAUACUGUUUUCUUUUUCUGUUUUAGGUUAUUUUCCCCCUUUAUUCAUGUUAUCAAUUUUGUAUUUUGUUUGCCCUCAUAUUGAGGGCCCCGUUGUUAGUCACUUAGUUGUGUACAUGUAUCUGAGCACAUUUGUUAUUCUUUUACAUUGGUGCCCCAUUGUUUUA